AUGGCCGAAGCUGCUGUGAAUUUUCUACUAAAGAAGCUUACGUCCUUACUUGAAGAUGAGGUGAAUCAACUGAAAGGAAUCCGCGAGGAAGUUAUGUACAUCAGAGAUGAAUUUGAGCACAUGAAGGCUUUUCUAAGAGUUGCAGAUGCAAAAGAAGAGACCAACCUUGCCCUAAAAGUGUGGAUAAGGCAAGUUAGAGACGUUGCUUAUGACAUCGAAGAUGUUCUUGAUGAAUACAGGGUUCGACUACCACAUAACUGUAGCAAUGGAUUCUUUGCAUCUCUUCAAAGGAGUUUUUCCUCGCUUGAGCAUUUUAAUGUUCGCAACCAAAUCGCUUCAGAAAUCAAAGGCAUCAAUUCUAGAAUCAGCAGAAUAGUUGAGGCGUACCAGAGAUACAGAAGCACAUAUCAGGUGAUGGAGCAAGACUUGAACUCCACAGGCAUAACACUGCUGGAUGGUCAAGGGGAUGCCCUUCUACUUGAAGAAGCUGAUCUGGUGGGGAUUGAAAGGCCUAAACAGCAGCUGGUUGAGUGGCUAGUCACUGGCAAGUUUGAAAGCGAAGUGGUUUCAGUUGUAGGCAUGGGAGGUUUAGGGAAGACCACCUUGGUGAAAAAGGUAUAUGAUGAUGUCAAUGUGAAGACAUGCUUCACAAUCCGAGCAUGGGCUACUGUUUCUCUGUCUUUCAAGACAGAGGAGCUCCUCAAAGACAUACUCCAACAACUAUACAAAGCAUUGAGGAAACGAGUUCCUGAGGAAGUGGACAGCAAGAACUAUGAUCAGCUACUACUAAAAAUCAAGAAAAUCCUAAAUGAUAGGAAAUACCUGAUUGUUAUAGAUGAUGUGUUGGGCUUCGAUGCCUGGAAUGCUGUCAGAUACGCAUUGCCCAAUAAUUAUCUUGGCAGCCGAGUACUACUCACCACACGGGAUUCUGAAGUUGCCACUACUGCAUGCACAGAAUUCCCUGGUAACAUCUAUAAUUUGAAUCCAUUAUCACGGGAAGAGUCUAGGGCAUUAUUUUGCAAGAAGAUCUUUAAGAAUGACUCUUGCCCUCCACAUCUAGAGAAAAUUUCAGAUGAAAUUAUGGGAAAAUGUGAAGGAUUGCCACUAGCCAUAGUUGCAGUUUGUAGUGUCCUGGUGACCAAGGAAAAGAAUAUAGAUGAAUGGGAAAUGGUUCGACGCGGCCUUGGUGCUGAACUACAAGAGAAUGACAAGCUUAAGAAUUUGAAGAAAAUAUUGUCACACAGUUACUAUGACUUGCCUUAUUAUCUUAAAUCUUGUCUUUUGUACUUCAGCAUCUUUCCAGAGGGUCUUCAGAUCGGGCAAACGAGAUUGAUUCGAUUGUGGAUAGCAGAAGGCUUUGUGGAAGAGAAGGAAGGACAUACAUUAGAAGAAGUUGCAGAAGGCUACUUCAAGAAGCUUGUGAACAGAAGCUUAAUCCAAGUGGCUGAGACAACCAGUGAUGGAAAGGUCAAAACAUGCCGCAUCCAUUAUUUGCUGAGGGAGAUUAUCGUUUCCAAGGCUAGAGCACAGAAUUUUGCAGCAAUCGCUAAGGAGCAAAACAAGUCCUGGCCUGCAGUACGGCGAAUAUCAGUGCAUAACACCCUGCAAAAUGCACAUCAUAGCCUGGUUGUCCCGAAACUCCGUUCUCUAAUGUUUUGGGGCGUGGAUUCUGUAAAUGAAUCUUCUAAACUUCUAUUUCCUUCUGGCCACUCACGGCUGCUUAACGUCUUACACCUGCAAGAUGCAUCCUUGAAGCAAUUCCCAAAACAGGUAGGCAGCCUCUUCCUUUUGAAGUAUCUGAGCUUGAGGAAUACCAAAUUAAAAAAUAUUCCAAGCUCUAUCAGGAAGCUCGGUUACCUUGAGACAUUGGACCUUAAGAAAACUCGUGUCAGUAAAUUGCCAGUUGAUAUUCUGGAGCUCAAAAGGCUCCGCCACCUCUUGGUUUAUCGUUAUGAAAUGUUGUCCAAUUAUAAUAAUCACUUUAAAUAUGGUUUCAAGGCCAUGAAAAGAAUAGGAUGUCUACAGUCACUACAAAAGCUCUGCUUCAUAGAGUCAUCUCAGUGUGGCAACCAUAUAAUGGAAGAACUUGGCCUGCUUCGACAACUAAGAAGGUUGGGCAUUAUAAAGUUCAGAACAAGAGAUGGGAAGGCGCUAUGUUCUUCCAUUGAGAAGCUGAAGAACCUUCGAGCCUUUUCUUUGACUGCACACAAAAAUGAGAUCAUUGAUAUGGAACACUUGACUUGCCCUCCUCAGUUUCUUCAACGGUUAUACUUGAGCGGACAUUUACAGAAGCUCCCGAAGUGGAUAUCUUCACUUCAAGGUUUGGUCAAGCUACUUUUAAGGCGGAGCCGAUUAACUGGUGACCCACUUUCUCCUCUCCAUCAUUUACCAAAUCUGGUGCAUCUUGGAUUCUUUCAGGCUUUUGAUGGAGAGAGCCUGCUUUUUAUGGCAGGAGGGUUUCAAAGGCUCAAGUUCUUGGGUCUAAGUAAGUUAGAGCGACUAAAAAGGGUAGCUGUGGAAAAGGGAGCACUGCCUUGUCUUGAAAAGUUAGUUGUUGAGGACUGCGGAUUACAGCAGGUUCCAUCAGGCAUUGAAAAUCUUACUAUGCUUAAAUUACUGGUGUUUCAAAAGAUGCCUAGCAAUUUCAUAUCGUCACUUCAUCUUUGUGGUGGUGAAGACAAUUGGAAGGAUUCACACAUGCCGGAGGUUUACUUCCCUGAUUCUGAAGAUGGCAUUACAGAUGAUGUCUAAAAGGACAAAGCUUCCUCAGGCUUGACGCUGUAAUAAGGAGACAAAAGCAUGAAAGUAAUUUCUAGAUAGUUUUAAAGGUUCAGUGUAAAUAAAUAAAUAAUGGCCUCACUGCUAUUUGUAUCUUUUGCUUUCUGCAUAAGUAUUAUCCUUCCUCACUGUACAUAAGAAAUCUACUGUAAUUAAG